GCGAGAAUGCUAAUCCACUUUCUUCUGGUGCUGUGCACACUGUGGCAGUCAGGCGUUGCUGAUUCGGACAACUGCUCAAGCAGUGUUACGAUAUCCAGUCAAAGUGAUGCCAACAAUCUGGCCAGCUGCGACACCCUCGAUGGCAGCGUCACGAUUUCAUCUUCUGUCAGUGGGGUCAUCACAUUGAACAAUGUUGCGGAGAUCAAGGGCUCCUUUACCAUGGAGGGGGCGUCGGGGCUAACGAAACUCAUCGUCCCAGACCUCGAAACCCUCCAGGGUGCUCUCACGUUGGUAAAUCUGGAAUCCCUGACCGAUCUGACCAUGAGCGCGUUGUCAGAAGUUUCGUCCGGGAUCAUCAUCACGGGCAACUCAAUGCUGAAGAGCCUGAACUUGGAGAAGCUAGAAAAAGUGGAUGGACAAUUAGAGCUGACGGGCUCAUUCACCAGCGUGUCACUGCCGUCCCUGGAUGAAGUCAAAGGCCAAACGACCAUUCGUGGCGCGAAGGUCUUGUCUUGCAAAACUCUUGAUAGCCUACAGUCCGAGGGUGUAUAUCAGGGUGCAUACUCCUGCACAGCUACGGACUCGAGCGGUGCCUCUCUCAGCCCGGGCACCAAAGGGGGCAUCGCAGUUGGCGUCAUCGUUGGGGUUAUAUUGAUUCUGCUGCUUUUAUGGUAUGUGCUUAGGCGGCGACGAAAUCGGAAGAACCGAUCUACUUCGCUUGAAUCAUCAUCCUCGCCACCCUCAGUGGUCCCAGAUGAGAAGCAACCUAGCCGUGGAUAUCAGCCUGUGCCUUUACAAGAAUCCAAGCCGAUGGUGCCGAGGGAACCCAUCGGGCCUGCUGCCGCCCAACUGGACCAUCGCUCAAUCUACGAAGCGCCCGUUGCGCCGACUCCGGUUCGUGAAUACCACGAGUUAGACGCGGGCCCAGUUUUUAGCUCACACCAACGGCCGAUUUAUCCGGAGGCGUGA